ACUAGUUUUGGGUCUUCUACAGUUCUUAGAAACUCUUUCAUGACACAAGGCCUUUUCAUUUACUAUUCUCUAUUCCUAAAAUGCUUUUCUUCAAACUUUCAAAGUUAGAAAAAUGUCACCAACUCAGAAGCUUUUCUAAAAUACUCCGUCACACACAUACCACCCCCAUCAUCAUUUACUCUACCAUUGCCUUGUUUUUAUAUCCUGCUUGUCUUUUAGCACUAGUAGCAAUUAUUUUAUUUUACUUAUUUAUAUUUUAUUUUAUUUUUAUUUGCUUGUUUACUUAUUUAUUGUCUGUCUUUAUUUUCAGAAUGGAAGUUUGAUGAGGCAGAGAUUGAUUCUUCCUUGUUCAUUUUUGCGUCUCAGCAGGUAGCAUAUAGUAGAUACUCUAAAUAUUUGUGGGAUAAACAAAUGAAUAGUUUAUAGAAGUGACACAGAAGCUGUACAUUUAGGAAUAGACUUUUAAUAUCACAUGUAGAUAGCUUUGUUUUGACAUGCUUUAAAUGCAAGUGCUGGACAGAAUAAGAAUUGUUGCAUCAUUUAUGGUGUUUUAGGUAAUGGUUAUGUUAAUGUAGGGAAACUAGGUGUUUGUUCUUCCUUGAGGAAGUGACAUGGUGUAGUGGCGUGUGUGUGUGUGUGUGUGUGUGUGUUAUGAGUAGUGGCUGAGCAUUACUAGCUUUGGGAGUAGGGGGUUUGAUUGGCUGCCUGACUAUUGGAUUGAGAUGCUCCAGCAAAAUAUUUCUUUUCCACUUGACACUUGUGAAGGGAGGAGGACAGAGACACUCAUCAAGGAGUGUGGAGGGAUGAAUCCUUUGUAUUUUUGUCCUAAGGAAUAAAUGUGGUUGAUUUUGGUUCUUAAUGAAAAGUAUACAUCAUUAGUUUCUAAUUUUAUGACAUAUCUUGAACACUGAGGUACAAAAGAAAAUCUCUUUGACACUUUUUUCUGGUAAAAUCACCCUUUCAAGAUUCCAUAAUACCUGAUGUAUGUUUGUCUUUUCAAGACAUCAACACUAAUUCACCUAAAUUCUUUCUAGAUUAGUGCCAUUUUCUACUUCUGUUUUCGUGGAAUGGGUAUGGAGUAGAGCAGAGGAGGCAGGGGUGUUUUGUGUGACGACACUCAGAAUCAUUGCAUCAUGUCCCCAUAAUAAUAAAAAAAAGCAUAUGGUCUUGUAAUGGUAUUUACCGCUUUAAAAUAUUCAUUUCCUUUCAAUAAUAAAGGGACAAUUAUUUACUUAGGAACAAAUAAUCACUUCCAUCUCGUCAAAAACUACAUAGCAUAAUAGCAAAAUAUAUAAAUGAGGUGAGUAAUCAUAAUAUUUCAGAUGUUUUUGGUAGAAAUUUAUUUGAUUGUUGGAACCUCAUAGUUGACUUAUCAGUGAAUGUAAAUGAGUUAGUACACAACUAGCUCAUAGCCCUCAUAACUAAUAACAUAGCAAGUAUAUAAUUAUAAGCUAUACUUGUUGUGUUAUUAGUUAUGGGGGCUAUGAGCUGCCUCCUCCAGGUAAGUACAAUAAGAUCAUUGUUUUUUGGAAUCUUAGGAAAUGUGUCAUUCUGGAUAACCUUAUUAUCUUUCUUUUGAUUAAAAUCUUCCUAAACCAAAUUUUAAAUUUUUCAAUCUUAUUAAAUAUGCUUAAUUAACUCACUGAGGUCCACACUGGGCAAUUUAUGGACAUGGGGAAAUUGAUCCCUUUUCUAAAUAGUCCCACACUACUCAAUUUCUGAGUAUUUUUACCUUUCUUCUGCUUGCUACCAGAUUCCUGGAAAACACUGUUUUUUUGUGUGUGUGUCUGCUUGUAGUAAGCCAUCCCUUCUUCAAAAUACAAUGCUUCUAUAAGAUACUGAAAGUCAUUUAUCUAUGUUUGUUAAGUUAUGUAUAAAUUGAGUCAGUAGGUUCCAAAAAUGGUGCAUUUAAUUUCUUUUCUCAGUAGUAUACAAAGUGCCCAUAAGUGUUUGGACACAGCCACAUCUAUUUGGUUUUACAGAACCUUAACUUUUUAAAAAUUCCUUUUCAUAUGUAAUUUUUUUAAGUAAUAGGAGAGGCAAUAUCAUAAAAUAUCACAUCAACAGAAAAGAAACAACCCUUUUGUAUUUGAUGUUGGUUACAACAAAACUUACUUUGGUGUGGCAGUUUUUAACCUUACUUAAAGAAAAGCAUAUUUGGUAACGUGAACUCUAAUUUCAUUUUUAUUUGACAAGUUUUGUUCUACUUAGUGGUGUCAGGUUCAAUACAGAGCAGUAAGCAAAAUUUUAAAAAUAAUAUUAUUCCCAUUGUCACCUUGAAACAGCAGAGCAGAUCAGCUCAGAAUCAAAUUGGGUAGCAAGCAUACUCAUUUCUCAGAUCACUACACCUACUUAUGUUCCUGCAAUGGUGAGCAAAUUUUAUACUCAAUGUAGUAUCAGGUAUUGAUGAAUCUGGUCACAGCUAGAAGAAUUUUUUAUAUAGGGCCUUGCAUAGCUGUAUAUUGUGGCUGGUUACCUGUUACCAAGGAUUAAGCUGUACAGGUUUUGGUUACGGUUAUGGAAAAAUAUGUCCAUUCACUACUUAUGAAGCCUUGGGAUCUCUUUUCUGUAUCACAACUAAAAUACUGCUAGAUCUGUAUGUGUGCUAUUAGAAUGCAAGCCUAAGUUUCCAGGUUGGCAAGAUUUUGCAACAAAAAAAAGAUCUAGAAAAAAGAGGCCACACCUCUGAUUGCCAGUCUAAAAUUUGGCUACACUAAGAAGUACUUUCACAUAUUGCUUACUAAUGUAGAUGUUUGGGGGAAGAAGUAGUGCAUUGCCGAAUUUCAGAAAAAGUAAGAUUUUUAACAUUAACAAGCUGAGAUUUGAGUUUCAAAUAUAUGCCACACUUCAUAUAGUUUUAAUGUUUCCAAUUUAUAAGUUCAUCACAUACUCUCUCCCUCUUGGUUUAUCAAAUAUAAAAUGGGCAACCAAAUGUAUCCUCGUGUAACCUGUUAGUGACAGGGAACGUAUGACAAUUUUGAAAGCAGUGAUAUAACUCUAGGUAAAUGCUAUGUGGACUAAUUAUAGUUUCUUUAAUUUUCAUAGCUAUAUUAUGAAAAGAGUAAAUUGAAGAAAUGGAAACUGCAAAUUACACCAAGGUGACAGAAUUUGUUCUCACUGGCCUGUCCCAGACUCGGGAGGUCCAACUAGUCCUAUUUGUUAUAUUUCUAUCCUUCUAUUUGUUCAUCCUACCAGGAAAUAUCCUUAUCAUUUGCACCAUCAGGCUAGACCCUCAUCUGACUUCUAUGUAUUUCCUGUUGGCUAAUCUGGCCUUCCUUGAUAUUUGGUACUCUUCCAUUACAGCCCCUAAAAUGCUCAUAGACUUCUUUGUGGAGAGGAAGAUAAUUUCCUUUGGUGGAUGCAUUGCACAGCUCUUCUUCUUACACUUUGUUGGGGCUUCGGAGAUGUUCUUGCUCACAGUGAUGGCCUUUGACCGCUAUGCUGCUAUCUGCCGACCCCUCCACUAUGCUACCAUCAUGAAUCCACGUCUCUGCUGUAUCCUGGUGGCUCUCUCCUGGAUGGGGGGCUUCAUUCAUUCUAUAAUACAGGUGGCUCUCAUUGUUCGACUUCCUUUCUGUGGGCCCAAUGAGUUAGACAGUUACUUCUGUGACAUCACACAGGUUGUCCGGAUUGCCUGUGCCAACACCUUCCCAGAGGAGUUAGUGAUGAUCUGUAGUAGUGGUCUGAUCUCUGUGGUGUGUUUUAUUGCUCUGUUAAUGUCCUAUGCCUUCCUUCUGGCCUUGCUCAAGAAACAUUCAGGCUCAGGUGAGGAUACCAACAGGGCCAUGUCCACCUGCUAUUCCCACAUUACCAUUGUGGUGCUAAUGUUUGGGCCAUCCAUCUACAUUUAUGCUCGCCCAUUUGACUCAUUUUCCCUAGAUAAAGUGGUGUCUGUGUUUCAUACUAUAAUAUUCCCUUUACUUAAUCCCAUUAUUUACACAUUGAGAAACAAGGAAGUAAAGGCAGCCAUGAGGAAGUUGGUCACCAAAUAUAUUUUGUGUAAAGAGAAGUGA